AUGAUUGAAAUGUUUAGAAAAGAGAAAAUUUUAGAUUGCUUAGGAUUUCUCUUUCAAAAUGAAAUACCAAAGUAUUACAAAGAAUACAUUUCAUAGACAUAAAAUUUGUCACUUGUGAAUUAUAAAUCAAUAUUAAGUAUUGAAAAAAUCGCCUUAAGUAUAUUGCUAAUAUUAUCAAAAAUAUUUCUGAAGAUGACUUUAAAAAAAGUGACUAUUCAUCAGAAAUCCUAUUUUGAUACUAUUUAAAAGCUUCUUAAGAGAAUAUCAAAAAAAGAUAGAUUGUUGAAUUGUUAAAAUGUUUAGUUCCCCUUACAUCUUAACCAGUUCUUCUAAUGUGGAUCGAAUUCAGUUUAUUUAUUAGUUUAAAUGAAGGUUGAUCUAAAGAACAUAUGUUUUGAAAAAAUUAAGAUUAAAAAUACUUCUUUGUUCGGAGCAAAUUUUUUCAGAUGUAAUCUAAGUGAAUAAGAAUUGAAAAUGUAGAAAAUAAUGGAAUGA